GUGGGUAAAAUGUCGCUUUUCAAGGCACGCGAUUGGUGGUCAGCCAAAGUAGGCUCCGAUGAGGUGUUUGACCAAGGUUCACUUUGCGUUGCAUGUAUAGACAACAAGCAUCCUACUCAUGAUAAAGUAAUAGUUGGCAGUUUGAAUGGAAUUGUGCGGAUAUAUGACCCAAAAUCACAUGCUGAUGAUGAUAAAGGGCAAAGCAUGCUUCUGGAAAUGCAGUUACCUCAGCCAAUUCUUGGCCUGGAAACUGGACAGUUUGUUUCGUAUGUAAACCAUAUGCCUUAUCGAGGUGGUUGUAAAAAUGAUACUAUGAUAAUAUUAAUAAUUAUGAUAAAAAUAUGAUUACUUUUGGAUUGGAUUUAUUCGGUGUAAACACCAA